AUGACGGGACGUGGCAAAGGUGGUGCAGGAAAGUCUAAGGCGACACCGAAGACGCGGUCCUCCCGUGCGGGUCUGCAGUUCCCGGUCGGUCGCGUCCUCCGACUCCUGAAGAAGGGCAACUACGCCGAGCGUGUGGGUCCUGGGGCUUCGGUGUAUCUGGCCGCGGUACUCGAGUACUUGUCCGCGGAGGUUCUCGAGUUGGCUGGCAAUGCUGCCCGUGACAACAAAAAAACCAGAAUCAUCCCUCGUCACCUCCAACUAGCCAUUCGCAACGACGAGGAAUUAAACAAGCUACUCGGCAACGUAACGCUCGCCCAAGGGGGUGUCCUUCCCAACAUUCAAGCUGUGCUUUUGCCCAAAAAAACCGAAAAAAAGCCAUCCAAAGAGUAAUCUUAGUGGAAUACAAAAAACGGCCCUUUUCAGGGCCAACAGUUACGUUUGACGUAGACCAC